AUGUCAAAAGACAAAACACUUGGCGAAAGCAAUUUUUGCGAUAUUACAGAUGACCAUGAUUCAUCUUAUGUAGAAAACGAUAACCUUGCCGGACCUGAGCCUACUGCAGAGGAAUGGAAGGAACUGCCCGAAGUUUCCGACGACAUCCCAAAGUCUGCAUUCUUAGUCAUCCUCAUUGAAUUCUGUGAGCGCUUCACCUACUACGGUUUGACUGGUCCCUUCCAAAACUAUAUCCAAUACCCAAGUCCUCCUUCUUAUCCUGCCGCUCAACCUGGUGCCAUCAACAAAGGUCAACAAACAGCUACUGCCUUAACAACUUUCUUUCAAUUCUGGUGCUACAUCACACCUAUUUUCGGUGCCAUUGUUGCUGAUCAAUUCUGGGGCAAAUACAAGACCAUUCUCGUCUUCUCCUUUGUGUAUAUCAUCGGUCUCAUCAUCCUUACUCUUACCUCUAUUCCUCCUGCUAUCGCAAGUGGCGCUGCAUUCCCCGGUUUCAUUGUUUCUCUCAUUAUCAUUGGUCUUGGUACUGGUGGUAUCAAGUCCAACGUCUCUCCUCUUGUUGCUGAGCAAUACCGUAGUAAAUCCGCCUAUGUCAAGACAUUACCCAACGGUAAACGCGUCAUUGUCACUCCUCAAGCAACAUACCAAAAGAUUUUUAAUUACUUCUACUGGGGUAUCAACGUUGGUUCUCUUUCUGCCAUUGCUACUACUGAAUUGGAAAAGAACGUCGGUUUCUGGCCCGCUUACCUUUUGCCCACUCUUAUGUUUAUUCCCUGUGUAUGCGUUGUUCUUCUCGGUCGCAAGUAUUACAUUCAAAACCCUCCUCGUGGUUCCGUCUUUGUUGAAGCUGGUAAACUUCUCAUGUUGCGCUUCAAGGUCAAAGGUGGUUUUGAAGCCUGUAAGCCCUCUAACUUGAUUCGCGAUCAUCCUGAAUUAGCCCCAAAAGCUACUUAUGAUGAUGUCUUUGUCGAUGAAUUAAAGCGUACUCUUAAAGCCUGUGUUGUCUUUUGUUGGUUCCCUAUUUACUGGCUCUGUUACUCACAAAUGACAAACAACCUUGUUUCUAUGGCUGGUACCAUGUUGACGGGUAACGUCCCUAAUGAUAUCAUGCAAAACAUCGACCCUAUUGCUUUGAUUAUCAUUAUCCCUCUCAUGGACAGAUUCAUCUACCCUGGUCUCCGUCGCAUCGGUAUCCCAAUGAAGCCUAUUGCCAGAAUUUCAUGUGGUUUCUUGUUUGCUGCUGCUGCUAUGGGUUAUACAGCAGGUAUUCAAGCUAUGGUCUACCGUACAGCUCCUUAUUACGAUAAUCCUAACGGCAAACAAAACUGGAUUUCUGCUGCCUAUUUGAUUCCUUCUUAUGUCUUGAUUGCUAUCUCUGAAAUUUUUGCCUCUAUCACUGGUAUGGAAUACGCUUACAAGAAGGCUCCUCAAUCCAUGAAGUCCAUUGUUAUGGCUCUCUUCUUGCUCACCAACUGUUUUGCUUCUAUCUUGGCAUUCGCUUUGGUUUCUGUAGCUGUUGAUCCUAAAUUGACAUGGAUGUACACUGGUAUUAGUGCAGCUAUGGGUGCAUGCUCUGUUCUUUUCUAUAUCUGCCACCAUAAGAACGACGAUAAUGAUGCCGAAGAAGACGCUAUUGGUCGUGACGCCGACUUCAGACAAAACAACACCGUUUCUGAUGAAGAAGCAGUCGUUACAUACGAAGCCGAAAAGAACCUUUAG